CUUUGAUAACGGACCGUCCAUUCGCUUUCGUACGAGUGUUUCGCGUUGUUCGAAAUGUACCUAGCAUCUCUUCCUCAUCGUUAGUGAACUGCGACGUCAUUUGCGGCGAAAAAUCGAGCAGAAAAAGACGUGUUAAGGGUGAUUGCGGGACGACGAUACCGUCGCUGAGUGUCAAUCUUCGCAUUAAUAUUCUGGAAAGAGUAAUCUAAUCGUCAGAGAAAAUGGAGGGCACCGGGAUGAUUAGUGGCGUUUCCACGCGCCAGGAAGGCAGGAAGCUGUGGCAGUACCUCGCAUCUAUUUCCGCCUGCUUAAUGGCCGUCGGCGUCGGCACCGCUUUGGCCUGGACGUCUCCGGUGCUGCCUCAGCUGUAUGAGGUGGAUUCCUGGUUGUAUAUUACCGAAGAGGAAGGAUCCUGGGUAGGCUCGCUGUUGGCUUUGGGCGCGAUGCUGGGCGCUUUGGUUUCCGGACCGAUGGCCGACAAACUCGGCCGGAAGAAAUCGCUCCUUUCACUGGCGGUGCCGUUCCUUUUGUCCUGGGUGAUCAUUAUAUUUUCCUCGAAGCUGUGGCUGAUCUACGUCGCCCGAUUUAUAGUUGGCAGCGGCGUCGGCGCGGCCUGCGUCAUCGUACCGACUUACAUCUCCGAAAUUGCGGAGAUCUCGUCUCGAGGCACUCUCGGUGCUAUGUUCCAGCUAUUCCUCACGGUCGGAAUCUUAUUGGCCUUUGUGUUCGGAGCUGUGCUGAGCUACACGGUGUUCGCUAUAAUAUGCGCCCUCGUUGAAGUCGGCUUCUUGGCUGCCUUUAUUUGGAUGCCGGAGUCUCCCGUUUGGCUAAUUAACGAGAGACGGAAACCGGAGGCCACGUCGGCGCUGACGGUUUUCCGAGGAGAGUCUUACGAUCCAUCCGAGGAACUCGCGCAAAUGCAGCGAGAAACCGAGCAGGCAGCAGCGAGGAAGUCGAGCAUAUUCGAUCUUGUACGCACCCGAGCGUCCAGAAUGGCUCUGCUCGCUUCGUUCGGCGGCAUGUUCUUCCAGCAAAUGUCUGGCAUAAAUGCGGUGAUCUUUUAUACGACCCCCAUUUUCAAGGCAUCCGGAAGCGCAAUGCCUGCGGAAGUCGCCUCGAUAGUCGUGGCACUCGUUCAGACAGUAAUGUCAGGAGUAGCAGCUCUGAUCGUGGAUCGUGCCGGCAGAAAGCCGCUGCUAAUGUUUUCUUCAAGUGUUAUGGCGAUCAGUCUCGUGGCUCUUGGUUAUUACUUCAAUCUUAAAGCAAACGAAAGUGACGUCAGCAAUCUUGGUUGGCUGCCGCUCACAUCUCUAACGUUGUUUAUAAUUUCCUUCUCCGUUGGAAUGGGUCCCAUACCGUGGAUGUUGAUGGGCGAAUUGUUUCCCACGGAAACCAAAGCGAUCGCUUCCGGUCUCGCCGUGAUGCUGAAUUGGUUGCUGGUGUUUUUGGUAACGAAAACCUUCCCGGCGAUGAAGGAAGGAUUAGGGCCCGACGUGACGUUCUGGAUUUUCGCCGCGAUAAUGGUAGCCGCCACUGCGUUCACGUACUUCUUCAUACCGGAAACCAAGGGAAAAUCCUCCCAGGAAAUUCUCGAGGAACUGCAGGGUGGCUCUCGAACAAAACCCGCGAAUAUAUGAAGCGCAUUGCGACGAACGCGAACAUUUUCGCACUGACGUCUGCUACAACUACUGUUUUAAUAAUAACAACAUUGAUCGGGUUGUAGAUAAUUCAAGACGUUGCUUCUCGUUCUGCAGCUGAGCUGCAAAUAGAUCUUGAUGUAGAGAAGUGCGCGGCAACAUGCGAACGAGCAAUGAAAAACUUUUCUAUUUUCCUUAGUAGUAGCGUAUCAUCGAAUAAGUAUCCAAGUUUUGCCGAGAAGAACGCUAAAUCUCAUAAAUAACUUAUCUUCUUUUUUAGUAGUUCAUCCAUAACCUACAUGCUUCAACACAUUGUUGCUCUAUGUUCUUGAUAGUUCUUGAUAAUUCCUGUUCGUGCAAUCUCAUUAACGUUCGCCUAACACGCGAAUUUUCGAUUACCGUACAUUUUUCUUUCGUUAAUUAUUAUUUAAGCAUGUGUACUGUCAUAAAUGAGAAAAAAUACUUCAUGGAACCAUCCUUUGUUCAUAUUAAAUAAUUCAUUGAUUAUCGUGACAAAAUUUUUCUCUAACGAUCUUUUUCAGAUUACGGCAUAAAUAUUCUAUUUUAGCGUCGCAAAUAUGCGAGCAUGAUUAACAUUUUUAUCACAUUAAAGUGUUGUCAGAGAAAUAUGUGAAUUUGUUUUAACAAUUUUUUAUACUGUAGCUAUAAAUAAAAUUAAUAUCACAAAAAUAAAUAAUUAAUAAACAGUUUUUCAAUAAGACAUGUAAUCUUUUCUAUUUAUAUAAAGAUUAUUCUACGUAUAGAGCUUACAUAAAAU